AUGGAACUACGAGUCGGAGGCAAAUACCGAGUUGGCAGGAAAAUUGGCAGUGGCUCAUUCGGUCAAAUUUAUUUGGGCGCAAAUAUCCAAACAAACGAAGAAAUCGCGAUAAAGCUAGAGAAAAAUAAUACCAGACAUCCCCAACUCCAAUUCGAAUCUCGCAUCUAUAGAAUCUUGCAAGGCGGGCAAGGAAUCCCUAUGAUCCAUUGAUAUGGAGUAGAAGGCGAUUAUAACGUGCUGGUGAUGGAUUUACUAGGACCUUCGCUAGAAGAUCUCCUCAAAUUUUGUGGACAAAGGUUUUCUGUUAAAACAACCCUUGUCUUGGCAGAACAGAUCAUUUCCAGACUUGAAUUCAUGCACGAAAAAAAUCUAAUCCACCGUGACGUCAAGCCUGACAACUUUUUGAUCGGGUUGCGGAGAAAUGAAAGCCAAAUUUAUGCAAUUGAUUUUGGCCUCGCAAAACAGUAUCGGGAUCCCAGAACGAAUCAGCAUAUUCCGUACAAAGAAGGGAAAAGCUUAACUGGGACAGCCCGAUAUGCGUCUAUUUUUACUCAUAUGGGCAUAGAACAGUCAAGAAGAGAUGAUCUUGAAGGACUCGGGUAUGUUUUGAUGUAUUUUUUAAGAGGAAGUCUGCCAUGGCAAGGGCUCCAAGGGAACAAUAGAAAAGAAAAAUACAGAAAUAUUAUGGAUAGGAAAAUAAAUACACCUGUAGAAGUCCUUUGUGAAGGCUUCCCUGUUGAGUUUGUGAACUUUAUCAAUUAUGCGAGGGCUUUGAGGUUUGACGAAAGGCCAGAUUAUGGGUAUUUAAAAAGGCUAUUUAAAGAUGAAUUUAUGAGGCAAAAUUAUCAACAGGAUUUUCUGUUUGAUUGACAGCUGGUGAAAAGAAAACAAGAAACACAAAAAUCACCGGAAGGACAGGAGGGACAGGAGGCUAGAAACCAAAUACAAAAGUCACCAAUUCGAGGAUCACCAAUGGGGAAUAGGGGCGCGACUUUUGCAACAGCAAAUGGUAGACAAGCUUUAAGGAGAUUAUAA